AUGCCUCUGCCUGUAACGUCGCCUCCAGCAAUGGAGGAUCAGGCGAGAUUCGACCUGAUCAUGAAACAUGGUCACCAGGAUCUUGUCCAGGCUGUAGCUUUCAACAGUUACGGAGACAGGUGCGCAACAGGCUCGGUGGACGGAAAGAUUCGUGUCUUCAACCGACACCAAGAUGGCAUCUGGAGGCAUUGUGACAACUGGACCGCUCACGGUGGAGAAAUCUUGGAGCUACAGUGGCUCCCGCCAACUAUAUAUCCCAACCUACUGGCCUCACUUGGCAUCGAUGGCCGCUUCAAGCUCUGGGCCGAGGAUGCUGCAGCCGCUCCGGGAAGACGUUUUAGUCAUCGCCACAAGGAAAACGCCAGGGCUGCUUAUGAGCAUCGAUCCAGAGGUGGCGGCGGCUCCUACCGCUCAUUCUCCAUUCGUCACAACGACGAGACGCGCCACUCUCACUUGGCCCUUUUGGCAGCCGAUGGCCAACUGGAAGUCCUUGAAAAUGAGCUGCCAGAAAAUCUGACCGACUGGAACCCCAUAGCCCGUUUCAAUGUUUGUCCCAGGCCCACACGCGGCGAGGAGGUUUCAUUUCGCGUCCGCUUCGAUCCAAACCCUGAUCCAUGUUAUACUGCACUGCGUGCUGGUGUUCCCACAGACUCUCUCGGGCUUGUGGUCGCGGCGAUGGAUACUGUGCGCGUAUAUCGCUCGCGUGAAGCGGCUGGAAACUCUUCGGGCCCUGCGGGAGCCUCGGCGUUAAGAGAGUUUUACCUCGCUGCCGAAGUCCAGGGCCACCGCGGGCUAGUUCGGGAUGUCGCAUGGGCACCUGGAAACAUCCGGGGCUACGAUAUUAUAGCAUCAGCCUGCCAGGAUGGCUUUGUAAGGGUUAUGCGUCUGGAAACACCAUUUGACCCGAAUGAUGGAAAGACUUGGUCUGAGCACGAUUUGGUCAAAGGGGGUGCUGGUGGCAACGCUUACGAAUCAAAGUCGAUAACGCACUCUCGCACCGGAACUGCCUCUGAGAACUCCCCUCAUUCUUCUGGGAAUCAUCAUCAACUUCAGCAAAGUCAUUCAGGCCAUAUACCAAACAUCCCGCAGCCAAAAUCCAUGUUGGGUUCGGAGUUGGCUAUUUCCAGUGCCAACGACCAGCGGCCGAUGACCGGGCUACCUGGCGAGGUUACACACCAGCUUCAUGUGUUGUCAAAACUAGACAGCCAUCGCACACCAGUCUGGCGCGUCGGAUUCGAUGAUGAUGGACAAAUCCUGGGUAGUGUCGGGGACGAAGGGCGACUUUUACUGUAUCGGCAGACACCAGAUGGCUCUUGGGCCAAGAGCUCAGAGCUUGCCAUGAUGAAGAUGAAGAUGGCCACGCCCUGA